UAAUUAUUUAAGGCUGCAAUUACGAUGUCACCAUCCCAAGUCUUUGAAUCUUGACUGUCUAUUCCUUCUUAAGCCAAUUACUUCCUUUUUUAUUUAUUUAUUUAUUUUUUCUUAAUAUUUUGUGGUCUGCCGACUUGCUUUCUUGAUUCUACUACUCUUUCAUACCCAUAGGGCAGAAUGUUAGCGCUAGUGGGCUUGAUUAACAUUGCUGGCCAUGCUAAUCCCACCAAAGAAUUGCUCUGGCUGUUCUCUGUUUCUGUGGGCAUCAUCAUGUGCAAAAUAGUUUAUGACUUAACAGGUGCAAUAAGCCCUUUCUUGUUUAAGGGAUUUGUCAAACUUGAUGACAAAACCAGACUUGAAUGGAACAACCGUGGGUUCUCUACCUUCCACGCACUUAUUGUGGUUGCUGCUUCUCUAUAUCUCUUGGUUGGAUCAGAUCUUUUUCAUGACAGUUCUAGGGACGAGUUAGUUAUCAAUAGGACAUCAGCUUUCUCAGACACCGUAUUAGGGAUUUCUACUGGCUAUUUUCUGACUGACUUGGCAAUGAUAAUUUAUUACUUCCCUGCUUUAGGUGGACUUGAGUAUGUCUUACACCACGGGCUCUCAAUGCUUUCAAUUGUUCAGUCUCUUGUGAGCGGGCAAGGACUGAUUUACAUACUGAUGGUUCUAUUUUCUGAGUGCACUACACCGUUUGUUAAUUUGAGAUGGUACUUGGAUGUGGCUGGUCAGAAGUCCUCGAGAUUUUACCUUUUCAAUGGGGUGGCUUUGUUUUUCGGGUGGUUGGUAGCAAGGAUAGUUUUGUUUAUCUACUUUUUCUACCACAUGUUCACCCAUUUUGAUCAGGUGAAGCAAGUGUACCCGAUGGGCUUCUACACGUUACUCACAGUGCCCCCCGUGUUGACAAUGAUGAACUUGUUUUGGUUUACGAAAAUCGCAAAGGGCAUGGUGAAAACAUUGGUGAAGUCGUGGCACAGGAGAUAGCUUUGUUGUAAUCUGCAGGUAAACAACACAUUGAGAAUUGAGAUUCAUAUACAGCCUUGGAAGUUGCCUCAAUGUACAACUUUGUUAUUAUGUUCAUCCAUGUUUUCAUUUUUGAAUGAAGGGCAGCUUAAUUCUAUAGGUGAUGUGAAAAUAUGAUUGUUUGUCCAUAUGAUAAAAGGGUAUUUCUGGAA